AUGGUUGACGUAUUGAAACAGUGAUAAAAUCUUCUAUAAAAAAUUAUUUAAAAAAACAGCAAAAAAAUCAGGAAGUGCAAAAAGUAUAGUAUAUACAAUUUUUAUUGCUUUGUGUAACAAAAUUACCUGCAGGGGAAAGGAUCUUCAAGUGAUUGUAGCAAACUCACUGUAAAAAAAGCACGUCCAAAAGCUUCUUCUCCAAAAAGACAAGAACCUCAGACAUGUCCAGGUGUUUACCGAGGCCAGUGCUAUCGGUUCGUCCAGGUGCACAAGGAGACGGGACAGAGGACAAUCCGGCCAUGUCCCAAUUUACACAAACAGAGUAUGGCAAAGAUUAUACAACAAAGAAAAAAUAUAAACCGAUCAAUAAGUGGCGUAUGGUCAGAUCGGCGUAUAAAUUGAGUGGACGACCGAGUAGACGUCACAGUAGAAAUAGUCAGGAAUUGAAAGCCCAACCUUCUGUGGCAAGACUUCCGUCAAUUCCUUCACUUCCGUCCAUCUCCUCUCUGUACGAACCCGCUCCAGAAACAAUGGAACCAAUCUGUAGUCAUAGCUGCGGGAUAAAAAAACAACCGGAAAUCUCACCACGAGGUGGUAGUCCGCCGAAUACGCCGAAGAUGAGGAGGAGAUCACUAAGAGACGUCGGGCCAAAAGUCGAUUGUUGGCGUUCUUUCAGACCUACCACCACCUCCACCGUCGAGAAGAAAGACUCCAAACUCCGACUUCAGUCCAUGCUUUCAGUAGUCGACUUACUCCUAUCUGCAAGUAAGAAAGAAAACUGGAUACUCAGAGCGUCCGGAUACCUGCUGGCGUUGAAGAAGGAGAUCAAGUUUUGUUUGGACAACAAAAUUCUUCCCCGACUGGCAUCAACUAACGAUUUACCGACUCUUUAUGAACCGAGAAUCAAUUAUAAAGAGUUCAACCCAAGGCGAAAGUUUUACGGAUACGUACGACGGUUGAGGUUCGAUGAUUUCUAUGACGAUGAAAUUCCUCACGAACCAUGUAAAACUUUACAACACGAAACUCGGUUUUUGCCCAUGGUUGAUCCGACAACGGAUAUAAUCGAGACUAAACUCAGCGUCAGGCCCAAAGCCACAGAAAAGUGUUUGGACAGCGAUAAUCUGAAAUCGAGGAACAACCCAAAUGAAAAUCUCUACGACAUUUUGAAAUCGUACUGCAUCGGUAAGUCUGCAAUGCAGCACUACAUCCCCGGCCCGAUAGAACACGACUUUAUAGACGAUGGCAUCGUAACGGACGAAAAACUUCCAGAAGAUGAGGAAAAAAGACUGGAAAUAAAAUUGUCUUCUUUCCUUAAAGAAAUGUUUUCCUUUAGCCCUUCAAGUUCGAAAACUGAGAAGAGUGCCGAAGCGCCCAGUUUAGACGUAGCGGAUAUUCUCAAGCGGCUCCAAAUGGAAUCGAGCAAGGAGAAAAACAAGUCACACUCCAGCGAUCAUUAUUACAGGCAUGAAGAAAAUUUCUACAGAAGUAAGACUAUAAAACGCGGAAAUAAACAACUCUCACCCAGUAAAACACCGUUGAUAACAUCUGUAAAACUUUCAGAAUUGAUUUACGACAAUAAAACUAAUUCUACGACACACCGUCACACGACGGAGGGGACAUCUAGUAAAAAAGAUUCGGAUAAACGUGUCACUUCCACAAUAGACUCCCGUCUUAAGAGAGAAUUCGAAUCUCUUGAGAUGAAGCUAAGAGGAAGUCAUAACAAACUCUCCUUAAAAGAAUCCGCCCACCUUGCAAAUAUACUUGACCAAAUAAAACGCAUGAGUUUUCAAAACAGAAAGAGCGCAGCAGAACUUAAACCGCCAAAGAAAUCAAACCAACAGCCAAAGCGGCAACCAAAAAAUGUGCCGAAGGAUUUGAAGUUCUACGACGGAAUUAUCGCUCAGUCUUCUUUGCCCGAUGCUGUAUGCUUUUCGCGGAUCAAAAAGCUAUUGCGAGUUUAUAAGGAAAAACAAGUCGAUGAGAAGAUUCGCUCUUUAAUAACAGACUUUUCCGAUGACCAAAAGUACGGAGAAUUAAAAGAAAACAUACAGCGACUGAACGAAGUAAUUGGUAAUCUGGCCAAAGGGAAUAAGGACUGGGCUUCACUGCCUAUAGACGCCAGAAUUAAAGCAGUGGAGAACCCAACCGAAAAAUCUAUGAUUACUGGACUCGAGGCUCGUGAAACAAUAAACGAGCUCAUACAGAUUAUCGACAAUAUAAAAGAUAUUUCGAGCAGGGUAUAUGAAGUAAAGUCUGGUGACGCUCCUAGUGGAACAAUGUCAUGUAAAUCCGGCAAGGCAAAACAAAAAGGCAAAAAAUACACUAAAAAGAAGCAAAAAGCGGGAAACUUAAAAAAACAUCAAGAUUCGCUUACUGUAUUGCAAGAGCAAAAAGUGUUUUCAUCACGUAAAGGUUUAACGCAGGAAAACCAAAAAGAUUUGUCUCAACGCAAUAAACCAAUGGCAGAGUGUCGGAAAGGACUACCCACGGAAUCACACAAGCAGUUACCUAAUAAGGGACAUUCGUUAAAAUCACUCAAGGCCACUUCUUCAAAAUCUAGUAAAAAAUUGCAACCCAAGUCCUUAAGAAGUUUAGUACCGGAUUCCCGAAAGUCUUUACAGUCUGUCCGUAAGACUUCAAAAAGGGAGGUGAGUAAAGUUUCACAAAUGUCCCGUAAAGAACAGAAAUCGAGUAAAGGUUUGCACCAUAAAUCUUCCAAAAGAUCUGCCCAGGGACGUCGGAAGGCACAUAAGAGCGUAUCGCAUAAAGGUGCGCAUCCGAGAAGGAAGAAACAGCGACCUGAACCCGUUCGAGGUUUAAAAUCCCAAUCAAGAAAGAAGAUGAAUCGGCGAUCUCGUAAAACGUUGAAAUCAGGCCGCCAAAAAAAGAAAUCAGUAAGGAAAACUACACAAUCUAAGAAAGGAGGGCUAGCCCAGCACCAGGAGCCGCACAAAGCAACACAAUCCAAAUCCAGCAAAACCUUGCAACCAGGAAACAACAGCAAAUCACAAGUCGAAACCCGUAAAUUGACAUCCAAUAACAAAACCAAAAGCCCUCCUACCAGAAGGAAGAAAAUACCAUCGCUUAAAAGACUGCUGAAUAACGUAGGCAUAAAACAGCAACCUUCCAAAGGGCAUGUAAAAGCAAUCGCACAAAACGUUAGUAAGAUUUCAAGCAGCCAAAGCACAUCUCAAUCUCCAAACCCUAAACAGAUAAAUAGGCAGAAAUCUAUUGUGAAACAGGCAAGCCAGGGGAAAAAUAAUUCAACGCCUAAAGAACUACCAGGAGAUAUGUCAAAAACGUUAACUCACAAGCAUGAUUGUAUGGUGUCAAAGAGCGUCCUGGAGGCAAUUAAAAAGAAUCCUAAAUACAUAGAGACUGCCGUGGAAAAUAUACUGAAGAGAAGCCACUCCAAGCAAUCUUUAAUAUCCAUGUUACUACAAGUAAUCCACGCACGUUUGGAAAGUGAGAAUGGAGAGAACCUCGGAUGUGGGGAUCGUAGUAAAACAAAUCGUAAUAAAUUCGACGAUAUGUAUGAGAACCUCAGCGUCACGGAGUUGAGCUUUAACAGUCCCAAUGUGAGUUGUCAUAGCUUUAACUAUUUGAAAAAUUUGUACGAUAAAUCGACCAACUCUUUUGGUAACCAAUUGACGAAAUCUUUGGCGAAAACCUACCAACUCAAGACAGGGAACAGAUUCGUUGAACAGGGUUUACCCAAACAAAACAUAGGAGAUGCAGAACUGCCUCGCCAGACAGAUGCCUUGGAAAGGAGAAAGAAAUGCUUACUACUACCCACCGAAAAAGUCCUUCUCGAGGAACAUCCCAAGCCAAUCAUCAACAAACCAAUUAAAAAAUUGCCUGUUCGGAACAAAAAAAUAGAAAAGUCUGAUAAAGCCAAAACUUCAGCUAGCCACAAAACUAUGGCUAUGAAAGGGAAAAAUAUCUCUGCUAAACACUUCACUUAAAGGAAUCACACCCAGCUUCAAAUUGUUACAAGUGACACGUCUAAAAUUAAAAUUAUUAAAUUAAUUGUUCCACGCAAUUAA